GCCGCGCCCUGUUCCCGCCUCUCCAGUUAAGGCCGCUGGUGUGAGCCGGGGCUCGGCGCGAGCGACGGACGACGGAAGGGACGGGCAGGUGUGGGCGCGGGGCCACGCAGUCCGACGGCGGGAGUCGCAGGUGCUGGGUGCAUGGGCCAGUGAGGACGCACAGAGAUCCCUCGCCGCGCGGAGGAGGAGCAGCGCGGGAGCCAGGCGCUGCCCCACGACCCUGCGUCCGAGCGAGCGGAACCUCGCGCUUCGCCCGGGGACAGUCCGAAGUCCGCGCUAUGGAAGAGGAGAAAUAUUUGCCUGAGCUGAUGGCAGAGAAAGAUAGCCUGGAUCCAUCUUUUGUGCAUGCGUCGCGCCUUUUGGCAGAAGAAAUUGAAAAGUUUCAAGGUUCUGAUGGAAAAAAGGAAGACGAAGAAAAGAAGUAUCUUGAUGUCAUCAGCAACAAAAACAUAAAGCUCUCAGAAAGAGUACUGAUUCCUGUCAAGCAAUAUCCAAAGUUCAAUUUUGUGGGGAAAUUGCUUGGACCAAGAGGAAACUCCUUGAAGAGGCUACAGGAAGAAACAGGUGCUAAAAUGUCUAUCCUGGGCAAAGGAUCAAUGAGAGAUAAAGCUAAGGAAGAAGAACUAAGGAAGAGUGGGGAAGCCAAAUAUGCCCACUUGAGUGAUGAGCUUCAUGUACUAAUUGAAGUGUUUGCUCCACCUGGGGAAGCUUAUUCACGUAUGAGUCAUGCAUUGGAAGAGAUUAAAAAAUUCCUGGUUCCUGACUACAAUGAUGAAAUUCGUCAGGAACAACUACGUGAAUUAUCUUACUUAAAUGGCUCAGAGGACUCUGGUCGUGGCAGAGGUAUUAGAGGCAGAGGGAUCAGAAUAGCUCCCACAGCUCCUUCAAGGGGCCGUGGGGGUGCCAUUCCUCCUCCCCCACCACCUGGACGAGGUGUUCUCACCCCUCGGGGAAGCACUGUAACCCGUGGAGCGCUUCCAGUGCCACCUGUAGCAAGAGGUGUCCCUACCCCUCGAGCCCGGGGGGCACCAACAGUGCCAGGAUACAGGGCACCUCCUCCUCCAGCCCAUGAAGCUUAUGAAGAAUAUGGUUAUGAUGAUGGCUACGGGGGUGAAUAUGAUGACCAGACCUAUGAGACUUAUGAUAACAGCUAUGCGACCCAAACACAAAGUGUGCCUGAAUACUAUGACUACGGUCAUGGAGUAAGUGAGGAUGCCUAUGACAGCUACGCACCAGAAGAAUGGGCCACAACCCGCUCUAGCUUGAAGGCACCACCGCAGAGGUCAGCCAGAGGGGGAUACAGGGAACACCCCUAUGGUAGAUAUUGAAGGUCCUUCCCACCUGUGACCUCACCUCAAAGACAAUUCAUAGCCUGUGGUCUCCACAUAAACAGCAACAAGACAAGUAAUAGUCCUUUUUUGUUUGUUUGUUUCUAUUCUAGGGAUAACUGCUCAUGAUUACUCCCAUAUAUUUCUAGUAUUUCCCUCUGUACUGUUGGCGUGACAUUGACACUAGUAUUAUUUUACAAAACAGACUGAAAAAGACAUUAGCAAGCAUAGUCUAUAAACCUUUCAGUAAGAUGAUAUUCUCUUGGUUGUUUUUCAUUGUUGUGUGUAAUCUUUUUUUUUCUUUCUUUUUUUUUUUUUUUUUGAGGAAACGCAUGAAUCUGUUAACAGAUUUUGAGUCUCAACCAACUAGCAGAAACUUUGUUUAGGGUUGCUAAAAGACUGUAAUAUGAUUUUUGAACUAGCUGAUAAUAAAGUUGUAGAUAAGAUGUUUUAACCUGUCUUUUAAUAUCUGUUAGUUAGACAAAGAUGUUUGAUAUUAAGUUUGUAAAUUUAAUUUUAAAUGCUGUUUUAAUGGGGUUGAAAACAAGCAGCUACUGUUAUGUAUGUAGCUAACUGAAUUUGUUCAGUGUUUUAACCUGUAUUUGUUAAAAAAGAAAAAAAAACACACAUAAAGUUCCAUGUGUAAGCUUCUCUAAAUAGGAAACCACAAUUUGUCAAAUAUGUUUGCCAUAAUUUGUCAAUAAAGCUGAAAACUUUUGUAAAAAUUAAAUUUGGAAUUACUUGUUUUCUAGCUUUAAAUGCCUGCUUUAUUUCUUCUUCAAGAGAUGCCUAAAAUGUUUUCUAUUUAAAAAUUACAAAAAUGAACCCAAGUCUGUUUUAAGAUAUUUGUGUAAUACUUAAAAAUGUAUUAAUAACUUAUGGUUGUUAAAUAAUUUAAAAGUUAACAAACUAAACUGUUACAUGAAUCAUGGUUAGUAAACACUAAUGUAUAACAUGUUAAUGGAAAAAAAUGGAUUUAGAAUAAUAAAUGGAUUUUAAACUA